UUACCCGGGUCACCGGCAGUGAACAGCACAGCAAACAUGGCUACCUCCGUGAGGAAAGCAGCUCACGAUAUCGAAGCGCGAAAACGGACCGAAGACGUGAUUCUGUCGGAGGGGAUCGACUUCGGCUCCUUGCUGCUGUCUCAGCCCGUGUUGGACGGACUGUCCGCCGCGGGAUUUCAGAAGCCGUCUCCGAUCCAGCUCAAGGCGAUCCCGCUCGGCCGCUGCGGACUCGAUUUGAUUGUGCAGGCCAAGUCUGGGACAGGAAAGACAUGCGUGUUCUGCACCAUCGCCCUGGACUCUCUGGUCCUGGAGAAUCCUUCAACCCAGGUUCUCGUGCUGGCUCCGACACGUGAGAUAGCAGUGCAGAUCCACUCGGUGGUCAUGGCCAUAGGCUGUGCCAUGGAGGGCCUGGAGUGCCAUGUUUUCAUUGGCGGCAGGCCUGUGAGUCAGGACAAAACCCACCUGAAGAAGUGUCAUGUAGCCGUGGGCUCACCUGGUCGCAUCAAGCAGCUUAUUGAGUUGGGCAUGUUGUCAACGGCCAGCAUCAGACUGUUUGUUCUGGACGAGGCAGACAAGCUGCUGGAGGAGGGCAGCUUCCAGGAACAGAUAAACUGGAUCUUCUCCUCGCUGCCUGUGAACAAACAGAUGCUCGCACUCUCCGCCACCUACCCAGAAUCCCUUGCUCAGCACCUCACCCGCUACAUGAGAGAGCCCACCUUUGUACGGCUAAAUCCAAGUGAUAUGGGCCUGAAAGGUCUGAAGCAGUAUUACAAGCUGGUUCAGUCCCAUCCGUUACCUCACAAGGUUUUUGAGGAGAAGGUGCAGCACUUGCUAGAGCUGUUUAGUAAAAUCCCCUUCAACCAAGCGCUGGUGUUUUCAAACCUACACACACGGGCUCAGCACCUGGCAGACAUCCUGUCCUCCAAAGGUCUGCCUGCUGUUUGCAUCUCUGGUGGUCUGAGUCAGGACCAGAGACUGGAGGCAAUGUCAAAACUGAAGCAGUACCAGUGCAGGGUGCUCAUCUCCACUGACCUGACUUCAAGAGGUAUAGACGCAGAGAAGGUCAACUUGGUGAUAAACCUGGAUGUGCCGCAGGAUUGGGAAACUUACAUGCACAGAAUUGGACGAGCUGGACGUUUUGGCACUCAGGGACUGGCUGUGACCUACUGUUGCCAUGGCGAGGAGGAGAACAAGAUGAUGGCCAUCGCUCAGAAGUGUGGCCUUAGUUUGUCUGCGCUGCCAUCCACGAUAGAGCCCAGGUUGAUGGAUGAGCCGUGCGACUGGGAUGUCUGCACUGAAGCGUCCACUCCAGACCCAGUAUCCCGGCUGUUUCCCAGAGCAGAGAAGAAAAGACGUGCAAAGCCUGACGUCUCUGUGUCUGAUUGCGUUGAAGAUCGAGCUGUGGAGCCCGGCAGUCAAAGAAAGCCAGAGAAGAAGCAUCCAAUGCCCAGGCGAGAGGCGGUCUGUGAAGAGGAUGCUAGGAAGAUAUCUUCCACAGAGGACACUCUGCCUGCUCAGGUGACACAGACUCGAAAAGAGCUCCAAGACAGUCUGCCGAAGAUCCCUCCUCUCAGCUCGUUUAAGAACUGCAGGUCAAAGUUUGUGACCUUUGAGGAGGCCGAGCGGGACUUCCAGGACUUCAUCACUACAGGUCUGGGGAGAUCGGUGGAGAUCAUCAGAGAGUUCAGAGGCAGAGACGAUGGUGAACCCAGCGAUCAGAAUGGGCAUAAGGAGUAUCUUACACUUGAUGAUGAUGGAGCGCAAAUGUUUACACGAAAUGUCGAACGGCUUAAAUCUAACUUUUCACCUCCAAGGUCCAUCUCUGGUUCUUCCAGUUCUGAAUCUGACAUGGAAGAUGAUGCGACACUGGAAAGUUCAAAUGAGACCACAGGAUCUGAGAACAGAGCUGUCACUAAGCCUCAGAUUGCAAUGACACAUCCACCUUCUCCACCCACACAACAAGCAAGCGCCACCAAACCCAAGGCUUAUACUCCUCCUCCACUCAGAAACUCUGACCAGACACUGUGUGCAACACGUGGGAGAGCUGUGCCUCCUCCCGAUAGCCGGGAAUCUGCAUUGAGCAUUAAAUCAGGCAGGCGAACCAAUCAGACAGCUCCGGCCCCAGCACACCGAGAAAAAUCAAAAAAGAUGAAAAAAGAAACUGAAAAACAGAAAGAAAAGAUGGAAAGGGACCGGAAGAGGGAGAAGAAAGAAGACGAAGAUUGCACUGACAAAGAGGACGAGUGGUGUGCUGAAACGUACUGGAGAGCCUGCUACAGCGCCUGGAAUGAUUACUACGCCUCCAUGUCCCCGUUUCAAGAGCAAGGCUACCAAAACUACUAUAAUGUAGCCUACAACUGGAUGGCAGCUUAUCGUAUGAACGCCGUCUACAUGGAAGAACUGAUGAGAAAAUGAGUUGUGGAUACCGUGACCAGGCUUUUUUUUUUUUUUUUUUUUUUUUAAAUCAUCCUGUUUUCCAAACAUAAAGUGUCUUUACUACGCCACUUGAUUCAUAUUUGCACUUUGGCUAGUAUACGUUUUUUUCCCCAUAACAUGUUGGUGUCAUUAAUACUUUUCUAAUAAAUUACACACAUUUUGUUUUUUCCCAGUCAAGUUGUGAUGUAAAAAAUAAAUUUCAAGUGCAGUACUGUGUUGGCCUCUGUGCGUCUCUCCUGACGGUAUGCCCUUUUAGACUCACUGCUCUAAAAUGGAUUUGAAGAGGAUUACCUGGUAGUUCUUGACUACAUUAAAAACCAUUUCAAAGAUGAUCUUUAGUCCCUGGAGUAAAAGCAUGUUAGACCCACCCAGGUCCCAAUCAUCUGCAUUUAACUGUAAUCAUCUUAAUCUAGCAUGUGUGUUCUUCAUAUUGGAAGGUGAUUUAAUCUUCCAAACGCUGUCGGAGUGAGUAAGUGUGCAUGUGCAGCUGCUUUAUUCUGUUUAAACGGGUCCUCAUGAAGAUUACAUUUUGUUUGUCGGCACCAGUGCUGGCUGUAAUUACUGUUGCCAUGGUGCCUGGUUUGUAUGACUUGUAGAGAGUCUUGAGCCAUCCCUCAUUUCUUUACAUCUUGCUAGAAAAACUGGAAAUAUGUGCAGUGGUGGAUAGAAAUAUAAAUGCAAAUGCAGCAUGUAAGGCAUAAAACAUAUUUUGUACAAUUCUGUGAAGCUGGAAAGUUAAUAUUUGGUGUGACCACCUUUAUUUUUCAACACAGAAUGAACUCUCUUAAGCAAGCCUUCUUGUAAUUUCUUUGAGUACUCUUCAGGAAAAGUUCUCCAGGCUUCUUGAAGGACAUUCAAAACUCUUCUUUGGUUGCUGGCUGUCCUUCGCUUUGUUCUCUGUUAAAAUAAUCCCACACCAGGUCAGUAAUGUUGAAGUCCGGGCGGUGGGGAGGCCAAUCCAUGACUGAUGGUGCUCCAUUGUGUGUGUGUGUGUGUGUGUGUGUGUUUCCCCCCCAAAGAUGUUCAGUGUGGUUCUUGUGUAAUCUGGCAUACCUUUGUCUUCUCAUUUUCCUUCUUGGCUUUUUGGUGUGAAAUAGUAGCUUCAAAAUAUAAUUUUUAUGGGCAUUUAAUUAUUAAACUCUGGCAUAGUGAGUCUUUUGUCCAGUCACCCUCUGCUCUUGGUUACGUCCGCGCUAGCCCGGAUAGAUUUGAAAACAGCGUUUUCGUCUGAAUACGCUCUGCGUCCACACCAUCGUUUUCAGUUAUUUUCACAGAGUUGUGCAUCCACAUUGAAAUAGCCAAAAACGCUUACGUUCCAGUACUACACAUGCGUGAAGCGCAAUACGAUUCGACCUGCCUCAUUUAUGUCUGCCGUUCAUUUACUUUGUGGCUCAUUGAAACGUCGCGGCAAAAGGUCAAAGAGAAGCACCGGGAUUUUUGUUGCUGCGGGUAACUCAAAAGUACAAAGUUGCAAAAGCGAGUUAAAGAUUAUGAAGAAAAGCUCUCUGAAGCAUGUACAGACAGAUAGGGCUGUAUAACACCCUCCGCUAUCUUAGUUUAAUUGGUCACUUGACUGCAUUACAUGACUAAAAUGUGUCAUCGUUUUGAAAAAGUCUCAAUUUUCGCUGUCCACACUGUGACGCGAAAGGACCGUUUUCAAAUCUGUGCGUUUUUGAGAGCGUUUUCAAAACGCGUUUUCCUUGAGCGAAAACGCCGUCUCAGUGUGGUCGGGAGGCCAAAACUGAGUGAAAACGAUGCGUUUUCAAACGAAAACACAGUGUGGAUGUAGCCCUCGUCUCUUUCCACUCACCCACAACCGGUUGCAGCAGAUUGCUGCCUUUUCCUGGGCCUGGUUCUACUGGAGGUUUCUACCUGUUAAAAUGGACUUUUUCCUUCCCACAGUUGCCAUACUGCUCAUAGAGAACUGGAAACUGUCAUCAACUGGGACUGUUGUGGAGGGCUGUGCGAAUGAGCUUAUAAAGGGAUAAAAUUAAUUUAUUAGUCUGGCCCUCCACACCAGUCCCAGUUCCUGACGUAGGCCCUUAUUAAAGUAAACUGCCCACUCCUGUUGAGAGCCUUAAGGUGACUGUUGUUGUGAUUUGGUGAUGCAUAAAUAAAGUAAAACUGAACUCAAUGGACUCCCAGAUUAAGUAGGUUACUAUGUAAAGGUUAGCUGAUUUCACCUUCAAAUGCACUGUAAAUAUUAGAAGACCUUUCCAUAUAGUUCCAACACAGCGUCUUCACAGCUUAACCACAGCCAAACAGAAAGCAGCCGUCCCAACAAAAGAUGAGCUUAAGCGUUUAUCACAGAUUUGCUAAUUGACGUUCUAUCAGGUAGUCAAUUUAUCGAGAAAAAUGCAGAAGAGCGACUGCUUCAGUUUUACCAAAGAAAAGAAAACAAUUGAGCAGCUGGAGCUGGAAAGUUAUGGUGCUGACCCGUGUGCAGGCUCCAAUAGACCUCAUUUCCUCCUCUGUUACCUAGCUCUUUUGUUUCAGAACACGAUCUUCCUGUUCAUCCCAGGAUGUUCUCCCCCAAAAUUGCAAGACUUAAGAUUUAAUAUUUUGACAUGAACACUUGGGUCAAAAGGACUGCACUAUUGGAAGAGACGCCAAAUCUAUGGUAAAAAUGUACACACUUGAAAGCAUUGAUUUAAAGGUGGGUGAAGAAGGGAGCCCAGAGAUUAUGUAUUAGUGGCAGAUAUAGAUGUUUUAUCAGGCGUUUCACAGUUGGGACACAAGACAAGGUCAUAAAUAAUAUCCAACACCUGACAAGUUACGCACAGCAGUAGUCUCAACAACGACAGGUGGCAUAGGAGGGCAAAGCAAAGAGUAAGAGGAAAACUGAGCCCAGAAAAAAAGGACAAUCAAAGGAGGAUACAUAACAGAGAAAGAGAGACGAACACAACAACAGACCUGUUUUAGUUGUUUGUAAAAGAAAAAUGAAAUCUUUUGACACCUUGAGCAGAAUAUAUGUUUACAUAUAUUUCAAACUGUGUCAUUUUGUAAGAGCAGCUGACACAAAACAACCUGUUGUGAAACCGGGAAGCAGGAAAUGAACCGCCGUCUUUAGCAAAAAAUUGAAAUAAAUCAAAAAAACGCAGGGAGCCUCGCUUCUGCCGACACCUGUCACACCCUCGUUCUAGAUUUAACAGAUUCUAAAUGUCAGAUUUAUGCUGUAAAUAUAAAGACACUGUCUCUAACCCCACUUUUUAAAGAACACUGAAAAAAGCUCUGUCUGUGCUUUUAUGUUUUUUAACCCCAUGUAAAUUUUGCACACAGUUUAACUAAACACUAAUACUGCCUCUAUGCGGUUGUUCUUGUGUACAGUACUAAACUACCAGCGACAGCACUAAGUCACUGCUAGGAAUAUCAGAGAUAAAACACAUCCUGUUCCAACGUGGCAGAAUAGGUUCAGCUUUUUGGGGGGUGAACUAAAGCACAGAAUCAAGGGACCUGAUGCACUGGUAUUGUACCAGUAUGUUAUAUCUCCACCUGAUGGCUUAUGAUAUGUUUUCUAAGGCUUCGUACAAAUGUAUAUGUUAAACUGCUUAAGCUUUUCAGAUGUCUUCAUCUUAAGAUGCUUAGAUAUAUAUAUUUUUUAAAGGUUUGUAAUAUUUGCUGCUAUUUGGCAGUAGUUUUAAACAGUCUACGUCUACAGCAAAGUCAUCAUCAGCUACAUGUGAGCAAACACGUUAUUACAACUCAAUUUCCAACAACGUCAGGAUGCUGUGCAAAUUAUCAAAUACAAUGCAAUUCCUUGUUCUUCGUUUAAUAUCUAUAUUUAAUUGAAAGUAAUACAAAGGCAACACGAGAGGUUUUGAAAUGAAGGAAUUUGGGGAUCAGGCAACAAAACACAACUAAUUAGUUUAGUUUGAAUUUGUCACGAGUUCAAAGAGUGUUUCAGAGUAAAGAUGUGCCAGAGUUCACUAUGCCCAAGGACGUUAGGACAACAAGAAGAAGAAUAUAUUUCUAAAUAACAAAAACAACAUUUUUCAUCACCCAUUCCUGCUUAUCCUUUUUCAGGGUUGCUGGAGCCUAUCCCGGCUGUCUUAGGGCGAGAGGCAGGGUACACCCUGGACACGCUGCAAGGUUAACACAGACAACCAUUCGCGCCUAUGUGCAAUUUAGAGUUUCCAAUAAAACUAACCCCACGUUUUUGGACAUUUGGAUCAAGCCAGAGCACCCAGAGAGAACCCAAACAAACACAGGGAGA